AUGGAUGAAAAUCAAAGAAUUCAGUGCUCACGAAAGAGACACAGAGCACAUUUGACAAAGGUUUUAAACAAGGCUACAACAAUUAUGGAGAAUGACGAAGCCCCAAACGCCAUGCAGAUUGCUUCGCUCACCGCUACUAUUGAACAACUCGCAAGGAAAAGAACCGUAUUGAACGAACUGAACGAAAAACUCUUAACUGUGCUCAAAGAUCCCGACGAACUCAAACAAGAAAUCAUGGAAGCAGAGAUUAUUGAAUGUGAAAUCAACGAGAAAAGUGCUCAGAUAAGUGCCUUUCUUUUGUCUUGUAAUACUGUUAAGAAUCCAGUAAUCUCACAAGUUAAUGCACCCAAGUUAUUACUCUCCACUACAAGUUAA